AUGGCAGCUUCUCGCGUGCCCUAUAUGCGGAUGAUUAUCAGUGGCCGGUUCGCCCAGCAAAUCAAGGCUCUACACGAGAAGUAUGGCAAUGUCGUUCGCAUCGCUCCGAAUGAGCUCUCAUUCACCGACGGUGACGCCUGGAAAGUGAUCUACGGAACUCGCACCGGCCACGGACAAAAGCAAAAGGAUCUUCGAUUCUACCCUCCCACCCCCGGCGGCGCCCCGAGUAUCAUAUACUCCGACGACGCAGACCAUUCCCGAUUCCGCCGUCUCCUGUCGCAUGCAUUCUCGGAUAGCUCGCUACGUGGACAAGAGCCAAUUAUCAAAAGCUAUGUCGAUCUUCUCAUGCAACGCUUAAACGAGAAUAUUGCCGCUGAAAAGAACGUGCUUGAUAUGGUCUCGUGGUACAAUUUCACUACAUUCGAUAUCAUCGGAGACCUGGCCUUCGGCGAACCAUUCGAUUGCCUGAAAAAUUCCAAUUACCACCAAUGGGUGCACAUUCUCUUCAGUCACAUGAAAAUGAGCGCUUACGCAAAUGUAGCCCGGCGUCUGCCGGGUUCUGGUCGGUUAUUGAAGCUUAUUACCCCGAAGCGGGUCACUGCCCAGCGAGAUUGGCAUUUUGAGAUGACGAAAGAGAAAGUCCAGGCUCGACUGAGCAAAUCAAAUGAGAGACCGGACUUCUUUGGGAAUAUCUUGAAACAUAAUCAUACCGAGAAAGGGUUUAGUUUACCUGAGAUGAUUUCGAAUGGGAGUACGCUUAUUAUUGCCGGCUCGGAAACUACGGCUACGCUGCUUUCUGGAGUGACGUAUCUGUUGCUGAGGAAUCCGCGUGUUCUUGCGAAGCUUCAGGAAGAGGUUCGGUCAACGUUCACUCGCGAGGAAGAGAUUAAUCUGGACUCGUGCAAUAAGUUGGAGUAUUGCCUCGCGACUCUUACUGAAGCGUUGCGAAUGUACCCUCCCGUUUCACCUGGAUUGCCUCGGAUUGUCGAUGCCCAGGGUGAUUUAAUUGCUGGGGACUGGAUCCCAGGAGGCACAAUCGUCUCCGUUAGUCACUUGGCUGCUAGCUAUUCCCCAUCGAACUUCACCGACGCAGACCAAUUCAUCCCGGAGCGUCAUCUCAAUGACCCUCGCUAUAAGAAUGAUGUCAGACAUGCAAUGCAGCCGUUUAGCUUUGGACCGAGAAAUUGCAUUGGACGAAAUUUGGCCUACGUCGAGAUGAGGAUUAUCUUGGCUCGUAUGAUAUUCAAUUUCGAUAUGGAGUUGGCUGAGCCUGAGAAGGACUGGUUGGAUCAAGAUGCCUUUGUGCUUUGGGAUAAACCUGCUUUGAAUGUCAAGUUGACUCCUCGGAGUAAAGAGGUGUGA